AUGUAAAAAUCACUUACUCCUACUUCUGAUAUUAAAUAUAAUUGUUCUCAAAAAAUACAUCUACUUAAAUAAAAAAGAAACAAGGAUAUGUUAAAUUAAGCUAUUUAAGAUUUGAAAAAUCCAUUUGAUCCUUUAUAAGUUUCGAAAGCAUUGAAAUUUUUAGAAAAUCAAAUGUAAAGAAAAGCUUUAUUAGAUUAAAUCAUUUAUAUAAGAGAAUAAAAACGUAAAAAGGAAGAGUUUGAUAAGAUGUCUUCUAUGAGAGGAAUACUUAAUAAAGUUUCUAAAAGAUUAUCAAUUGUAAAAAAUUAAGAAGUUAAAUACACUAGAGAUCAUAAUGAUUUUAAAAUUAUGUAAGAAGAAAGAAAUAAAUUUGACAAACUUUAAUAUGAAAAUUUAAAUAUAUAAGUUAAUGAAAAAAGACCAUAAUUAAGAAGAUUAUCUAGUUUAAGUUUUUUAACUAAAGAGACUGAUCAAAUAAAAUUCUAAGCAGAAUCAAAUAAUGAUUAAAAAAGUAUGUUUGCUCGUAGAUAAACUUAAAGAAAUGCAACAUUAAUGGUUAAUGCAAUUUUAAAAAAAGAAAUGUAAUAUAAUUAUUAUUAUAUACUUUUAGACCUGUUAGUCCAGGUAGUUCAGAAAAAAUGAUAGGAAAUAAAAUAUUCAAGAAGUUAGUAUCUUAAGAUUAAAUUUUUGAAUGA